GUUAAUCCCAUUUAGCUUAGAUCCUUACCCGCUUAUGAUUCCACAUCCCAUUCAUAUGCUCUUGUGUUUUCCGCUAGAUAUCUCUGAUACUUUUCUUCUCUGUCAGCACCGAUCACGAUCUUUCUAAUCGUGACGUUUGCGUUCGGAAGUUGUGACCAUUUGGAGAAUUUUAUACCAUCCCAAGCCUAAUGAUACCCAUUGUCGCCAUUAUAUCUGUUGCUAAUCAUGCCCCCGAGACACGAUGAAGCACCUGAGUUGGCACCUCCCAAUUUUCCGGAAGUCCAUCUCCCACCUUCCGGACCAGAAGCCGUGUAUGUGCCAUUACAUGCGCAAGCAACGCCCGUGAAACUGGAAGAGUCGACGAAUCCGUCAACAAUAAACGCGGCUUACGCUGCGCCUUUUGAAAAUUCGUCUUCUUCGCCAUAUACAUACGAUCUUCAAUCGGCAUACGGCGCUGUACCUCCAACGGAGCAAGGAAAAGCACACAAGCGAAUAUUGGGAUGCUCGAUAUUAGUGUUUACCCUAUCUGUUAUUAUUGCGAUUUUAUCCGCAGCUGUGAUUGGGCUAGCAGCUGGCACGGGUGUUGAAGCAAACAGGGCGAACGACGCUGAAGCGAGACUGGCUUCGAUGACUAGUUCGCCGACGACUGUCACGGUGACUGCCCCGACCUCCACCUCUUCAGGCUUUAGCAAUAUCGAUAAAGGAUGCUCUACGAAUUCUGCUUCAGUAACAGGGAGCACUUACACGUCUCAAUUCUUCGACCGACCAGCCUUCAAGAUAUAUUGCAACAGCGACGCUCCGAAUAAUCCACUCUCAUCCCUCUUUGUGGGUGAUUUCGACGAUUGCAUCGACGCCUGCGCUUCUUACUCUUUCUACAUCCCUUCGGAUUUCUCCAAUAACGCUACCUCUAAUAAUGCCACUUGUGCGGGGGUCAGCUUUAUUCCAGCAUGGACGAAUCGCACAUUCGCCGUAGAGGGAAAUGCGCCGGGCAAUUGUUAUCUUAAACCGGGGCCGCAAAACGAGACAGCGUUGAAUAACCCUAACAUAGGUUCUGCGGUACAUGCAGCGAUUCUGGAUACAUCAUCGUAACGACUCUUUCUGGUCUUUCUAUGAUUUACUAUUACGAAUUGGUUUAGGUACGAAGCGACAUUUUGAAACGAUACCAUAGCGGGAGUUGGGUGUUUAGCGGCAGAUUUCUGAGCGGA